UGACCAAUUGCCGCCUUCCCCCCGCCACCCGCCCCACCGCCCGAUGCAAGAAGCGCUUGGCGCGGUCUGACGCCGUCCCCGCGCAGCCGUCCCCCGGCGAUGGCCGCCGAGACGCGCUCGCCGCACGUGUCCGUAACGGCGAUCAACGUGGAGCCGCCCGCGGCCGCCCUCAGGCCGCCCGAGCGGGCCAGGAGCGCGCCCCAUCCGGCCGCUUUCAUCGCCAACGGAACCUUGGACGUGUUAGAUAGUUCAGAUGCCGAAGUAGCCAGGAUAGAUUUCCAUUCGGUCAAUAUGCGAUCGAAAAAACAGCGAGACGAUAUCCCCAGGCCUAUGAGUUGGGAGGGGGAAUUGUCGGAUGGGGAGAGGGAUGGUAUGUGUAUCGAUGAAGAAAAUUCGACACAGGUACCAGAGAAUCUCUCGCUGUGUCAAUCUAAGGCAGCCAUUGUGAACGAUACAAAAGACAGCCCCAUUCUCCGACUGAAACAACCACCAAUGGGAAACUAUUCUUUACACAGCACACCAAGCAAUUCUCCCUUACUUAGCCAGCGUCAUCCUAUCACCGGCGCCCCGAUCAUCAGCCACAAGGAUCUCAUGCACAAGGCGUUGAACGUGCCACCAACGCCCAGCCCAGACUCGGCCGUCCACUCCGCCUACAGCGUGUUCAGCUCGCCCAAUCAGAGCCCGCUGACGCAGCGGCACAUCACGCUCACGCCCAACCUGAGCAGGAACAACAGCGACGCGUCGCACUCGAGCUGCUGCAGCUACAGCAGCGUGUCUGUCUCCGUUUCACCCACGCAGCAGUUCUCGCCCACGCACAGUCCCAUACAGGGUCGACACAUGCACAGUCUCCACAACAGUCCGCUGCACCAUCCCAGCCUCCUAUACCGCGCCGUGCAGGACGAGAACCUCCAAUAUCCCCCCGAACAGGACCCCAACGAGGAGCACGAAGACAAGACCGGACUCGUCCACGCCUCGCUGCCCGCUCAGCCCGGCAUAUCUCGUCAGCAGUUGAUCAACAGUCCUUGUCCUAUUUGCGGCGACAAAAUCUCCGGCUUCCAUUACGGCAUCUUCAGCUGCGAAUCGUGCAAGGGCUUCUUCAAGCGAACGGUGCAGAACAGGAAGAACUACGUGUGCCUGCGAGGCGCCCAGUGUCCCGUCACUGUCUCCACGAGGAAAAAGUGCCCGGCCUGUCGGUUCGACAAGUGUCUGCAGUGCGGAAUGAAACUGGAAGCGAUCAGAGAGGACAGGACGAGGGGCGGACGCUCGACCUACCAGUGCUCGUACUCGCUGCCGCCCUCCCUGACUGGCCACGCGGAGAUGCGACUUGGCGCCCAUGGGCCGGGCGAAGGUCACGCGGGCCUCACGGUGAAACUGGAGCCCGCCGAUCCCGCCGCGGCGCACCACAAGCGGGCCGUGUAUCCCGGCUCGAAGGGCGUCCCGCCGUUAUUGCAGGAAAUAAUGGACGUGGAACACCUGUGGCACUACAACGCGACCGAGCUGCACAAGCUGAGCACGGACGGUCAUCUGGGCAAGGAGGGCUCCAGCGGGGCGGUGCACAACCUGUCCACCCACCCACUGCUGGCCGGAACGGCCUUGGCCGGCACCGCCGACACGAAUCCGGACUUCGUCGCCAACCUCUGCAACAUCGCCGAUCAUAGGCUCUACAAGAUCGUCAAAUGGUGCAAGAGUCUGCCGUUGUUCAAGAAUAUCUCGAUCGACGAUCAGAUUUGCCUUCUCAUCAACUCUUGGUGCGAACUGCUCCUGUUCUCGUGCUGCUUCCGAUCGAUGUCCACCCCCGGAGAGAUAAGGGUGUCGCUGGGCAAGUGCAUCAAUCUGCAGCAGGCGAGGGAAAUGGGGAUGCAGCCCUGCAUAGAGAGGAUGCUGAAUUUCACUGAGCAACUAAGGAGGCUGAGGGUGGACCAGUAUGAGUACAUUGCCAUGAAAGUCAUUGUGCUUCUCACAUCUGACACAUCUGAACUCAAAGAAGCAGAGAAAGUCAGGAUGUCGCAGGAGAAAGCAUUGAAGGCCCUGCAGGAUUACACAUUGUCCCACUAUCCUGAAAGUCCUUCCAAAUUCGGUGAAUUGCUAUUACGAAUUCCUGAGCUGCAAAGAACUUGCCAGGUGGGAAAGGAAAUGUUGACAAUAAAAUCGAAAGACGGAGACGGACCUAGCUUCAACCUCCUCAUGGAACUCUUGAGGGGAGACCACUGAAAUGUGCCUUAAUAGCUUUGGUGGUGGGCUCGUAUACUACAGACAGUAUUGCUUAA